AUGGGAGAUCCUGUUGAUCCAAAUCAUAUAGUUGCGCCUUCUAAGAUUUUAACAUAUGCAGAUAGACUCAAGGGUAGGAAAGAGCUUCCUAAAACCUCCGUGGAUCUUUCUUCUCUGCCAAACCCUACUUUGAAAGAUGGAAAACCUUCUAUUGAGAUUCCUAAUGAGUUAUAUCUGGAAGGAUGUGCGUUAUGGAAGUUUAGUCUUAUUGGAAGGUUAGACUUCAAAGAACUUAACUUUUCUGACGUUAAAAAAAACCUAGAACUUCAAUGGCAGCUGGGUGAAGGCCGGGUUCACUUUGUUCCGUUGAAUAGAGGUUUCUUCAUCAUCAAGUUAUUGUCGCAGGAGGAUAAAGUGAUGAUUUUACAGGCUGAACAAUGGGUUGUUGCUCAACAGAAACUAACUCUCAUGGAAUGGUUUCCUAGUUUUGAUGCUGACAAACAAAGAUCUUCACGUUCCACAGUUUGGGUCAAGUUUCCUGGGCUUCCAAUGGAAUUCUGGAUUGAAAAAACUUUACUUGCAAUGGGGAAAACUCUAGGAUCUCCUAUUGUGGUUGAUAAAAGAACGUUGGCACAUGAGUAUGGACACUUUGCUUCGGUCCUCAUUGAUAUUGAUUUUGCUGAGCUCAAAUCUGAUGAUAUUAAUGUCACUGUGGGAGAACCAUUAUUGGGCAUUCAGAUGGGGAAUGUAGGAAGAAAAUAA